AUGGCAUCAUCUGUAACAGCUGGCAUCAAAAGGACACUUCCAUGGGAUUUCAAUGUCAAUGUGAAGACUCCGCAGCUCAGGAAUCGGGUCAUGGAAAAGCUUAUAUUGAAUAACAGAUUGUCGGUGUUGCUUAUAUCAGAUCCCUCUACGCCUCAUGUUGGAGCUGCUCUGUCUGUAGAAUCGGGAUCGUGGAGUGAUGGAUUGUCUGAAGGAACUGCUCACUUCCUGGAACACAUGCUUUUUCUCGGGACGGCAAAGUAUCCCAAGGAGAACGAUUACGAAAGAUUUAUUUACGAUAACAAUGGCGUCUUGAACGCGUAUACUAGCUCAGAUCAUACAAUGUACUUCUUUACAAACGUCACACCAAACGCUCUGGAAGGCGCUCUAGACCGUUUCUCACGGUUCUUCUACGAGCCAUUGUUCAACGAGUCCUGUGUAGAACGUGAACAGAAUGCCGUUGACCAAGAGUUUCGUAAAAACAUUGAACAGGAUGGUUGGAGAAUGCUUCACGUCCGAAAGGAGCUCUCAAACCAGUCACAUCCAUUCUCACAAUUCAACACUGGUAAUCUCGAUACAAUGAAACUAAUAGACCAAGCAUAUCUGAAGAACUGGUAUGCUGAAAAGUAUUCAGCCAAUGCCAUGAAUCUCGUUGUUAUGGGCAAAGAGCCUAUAAACGAGUUAAGAGAUCUAGUAGUCAAGUAUUUCUCGGCUGUGCCGGAUACCAAGUUGAAGCCAUUGGUGACUGAAGGAAUGAAGAUCUUCCCAGAGUCCUUGAAAGGGUGUUUGGUUGCCAUUGAGCCGAUAAAGGAUUUAAAAGAAUUGACUCUGAGCUGGGAGAUACCGUUCGAAUACUCUGCACUGGAUACCAAACCAGGUCGACUUGCUGGUCAUGUUCUUGGUUACGAGGGUCAGAAUUCUCUGCUCUCUCUCCUCAAGAGAGAGGGAUUGGCAGAAGGCUUAUCUGCUGGACGUAGUGAAAUGGGCAGCCAGAACCUGUUAUUCGAGAUAUCAGUCACAUUGACUGAAGCUGGCGUAGCCAAUUACAAGAGCGUCAUUGAACGAGUCUUUGCUGCUAUUGGCAGUUUCCAAGCACAGCCAUAUCCUGAGUACCUCGUAACGGAAAUAAACUCCAUGUCCAAAGUCGGAUACGAGUUCCAACAGCGAAGUGCCAAUAUAGUAACCAGUGUCUGUCGAUCCAUACGUCGUGAAGGUAUUGAAUCCUUCCCAGCCCAGUCAACAUUUAUAAGUCGCUUUGAUCGAGAUGCCAUACAUCGUCUCUUUGGCAUACUCAAACCAGAUACAUGUACAUUGUACAUGAUUGCCAAGAAGCAACAUCUGCCUAUCCCGCUGGACAAGAAGGAGAAAUGGAUGGGAGGACUAUAUGGUGUUGCCAAAGUAAACGCUAGUGAUUUAAAGAUAUGGACGAAUGUGCAACCACAUCCAGAGAUAUCAUACCCAGCUCCCAAUAGGUUUAUACCCGAUAACUUAGUCCUGGUGUCAUCACAGGCAUCCUCAAGUAGCGUAAAAGCAGAUCCGCAAUUAAUUGUGAAUGCACCGGAAGGACGAUUAUAUCAUCACACGGAUGAUACAUUCUUUGUGCCUGAAUCAUUAUAUAACUUCACACUCAGAAGCCCAGCUAUACAACCCGACAAUCCGAAAAGUCUGGCCUUAGCAGACUUGUAUAUUCGAUUCGUCCAUGAACGUCUGAAUGAAAUCAGCUAUGAUGCUACAUCAGCUGGUUUGCAUUACGACGUAUACACCAAAGAAGGAACUGGCAUCGGGAUAUCCAUCGACGGAUAUUCACAAAAAAGCCAUAUCCUCUUACGUGAAGUACUGGCCCGAGUCAAAGCACCACAACCAACCGUUAAGGAAUUCAACAUCUUCAAGGAAUCAUUGACGAGAUCAUACAGGAACAUCAGUAAAGAGUCACCGUUAAGGCAAGCCAUGGAAAAGUUAUCGGCUAUAAUAUAUAGGAAAUUCUCAACAUCAGCUGCUAUCGCCGACGCCAUGGAUAUCGUCACGUUCAGUGACGUACAAACCUUCAUAUCGAACUUGUUUAGUAAUCGUAUUGUUGAAGGGUAUGUAGGUGGUAAUGUGCUUGCUCCAGAAGCAGUACGAGCAUGGGAGCUAUUGCUGAAUUCGCUCCCUGGUGUACCAUGUAAUCCUGAACUGGUCAAGAAAUCAGAGGUGGUGCUGCUACCCAAUACUCGACCUAUGCUGUAUUCGACGCCUUUGGACGUUAAAGGAAAUGCUGUGGUUUGGGUUUGUGAUUCUGGUGAAAAGAGUGAUUAUUGGGCAAGGACUGGGCAGGAUAUGCUGGGAAAGCUGAUGCGAGAACCAUUCUAUUCUGAGCUACGAACGAAACAACAGACGGGAUACAUAGUCUCAAGUGGCACUUUCAUGGCCAACAAGAGAUUGUUUAUUCAAGCUGCCGUUCAGAGUAAUACCCAUGAUGCUCGAGACCUGCUAUCCCGAAUCGAACUCUUCAUGGAAGGAUUCACAAGAACCGAAAUCCAAGAAUCUGAGACGAUACAGUCCAGAUUCGAUUCCAUAAAGUCUGCAUCCCUGGUUCGCCUACUUGAACCACACGAUACCCUAGCUGGUCGAGAGAGGUUUUUGGGGUAUUGUGCCUUCGAAGAGGAUGGGCGCUUUGAUUUAAUUGAGCGACGAAUUGAAGCUCUGAAAUCAUUCACACUAUCCGAUCUCAAGACGUUUGCAAUGGAGCGACUUGGACGUGGGAAUAAGAGACGGUUGAGUGUCAUUACUGAGGGUAACGAUACCGAGAAUACGUCCAUGUCGUAUGUGUUGCAUCAGAAUGUCAACGAGUUACGUGCAAAGUUGUAA